AUGGAUAAAGAACCCAUAUCUUCGGAUAAAAUUUCUUCGCCCGCCUCUCCAAAAGAUACGCAAGAGGAAGACCCCGACGAUAUACCUAUCCUACAAUCCAAGAAAGCCGAGCUUAUUCAAGAAAGAGAUAUUUUGGCUCAAAAACGGUUGGAGCUUAAGCAAUCGAUCGAGAGGCUUUCCGCCAGUUUAUCUUUCUACAGGGAACAACAACUUCAACAUGAGACAAAGCAAAAACUCGAAUAUUACCUCCACAAAAAUGAUCAUGAAUGUUCCAAGCUCACACAGCCCGAUGAAGCAGCCUCUUUCAUCUUGAAAAAUUUGGAUGUGCUCCCUACAACUGACGUGCAUCUUCGUAUGAAACUAUUAAACAGAUUCUACCCUUGCAUGUCCGUAGCUCAGGAACACGUGCUGACAAUUCAUGAGGAGGAUGUGCUCUUCACAGUAAUACGCUUCAAGAUUUUUGCUCAUGGGCUACCACCCUUAGCAAUCCGGCUUCAUAGCAAUGAUGAUGCGGUUCACCGAUUAGAGUUGCUUGAUUAUAGUGAGGUUGCGCCAAUUUUUCAAAAAGUAAGCCCCUCUUUCUGCAAAACUCUUAUAAAUAACUAUUGCAGACAGAAGAAAAUCGACAUGAUCAUGCACAGCUAUCACUCUUUAGCUAAAUUGCAACAAUCCAGAAUCAUGUGCUUGUCUCAGCUCCUCCUGAAGUAUGCGGAUCUCGUGACACGGCCCAAAUCAUGGGCCUCCUAUCCGGAACUAUCCUUGAUGUCACUCAACCACAUCGAGUUGACAAUUCCAGAGAGUACCAAUAGAGAUAGGCACAUAGUCCAACUCUCCUGGGAAAUGAUUCUCAAAAAUACCGCAAUAGGGGAAAUGGAGUCUCAAUUGCGCUUCAGUGUACAACGGCGUGAUUCUGGUCCUUUGAAAAAUGUCAACGAGGUGUUUUUGAGUUUGAUGCUGGAGCAUGGAAUUAUGAAUGCGUUUUCUUUGAUGCUUUCAAACUUGUUUGGAGUUUAA